ACCAUGGUAACGGAAUCCAAAACAACAAUGGCUACCAGUGUCAAACCUACCAAAUGUGCUCUGCGGUACAGUCCCCCAACACUGGUUCUCUUUUAUACGGACCGGUCGACUGGGAAGAACAGACGCCGAUCAAUGCCACUGAGAGGUCUUAAAAGAAAUUCAAAUGUGUCAGAGUAUGUCACUGAACUAACUAAUAAUCCAAAACACAAGAAAUACCUAGCUGGUAUUAAGAGACAACAGCUUUUAUCACUCAUUGAAAAAGUCUGCAAAGCUCAACCUAUAAAGAAUAUCCCUAAUGGCAACAAGACACUGGAUGAAUCCUUAACCAGUCAACUGCAGGACUUGCCUAAGUUAUCUCUGUUGACAUCUCAGUCGCUAAAGAAGCCUCCUCCAUCUUCAUUAAAUAAGUCGCUUGAUGAUGAACUUGAUAGAAUUCUUAAUGGCGAUCUCAUAGAAUCAGAUGAUGAUGAUGAUGAUUUAGAAGAAGAUAAACUAAUUUCAAAGCCAGUCACUACUACAGCACCACCAGUCACUGCUACUAAACCAGCAGUCACUGUAUCUAAGGAAACUGCAUCAAAUGUUGUGUCUACUGCAGCAUCUACCCUAGCUACUGCUACUAAGCCAGUUACUACUCAUAAGGAUACCAGUAUUGCAUCAAUUGUUAUGUCUACCAAAUCUGUUACUACCUCCAGCGCUGCUCCUAAAUCUUCGGGUACUACUAGUGCUGCUUCUAAAUCUUUAACUACUACUACUAGUGUUGCUUCUAAAUCUUUAACUACUACUAGUGCUGCUUCUAAAUCUUUUACUACUACUACUACUGUUGCUGCUUCUACUGUGAGUGACAUUAAACCUUCAGCAAAAACAGCUUUAACCAGUGACCCAUUGACUCUAUCUCCUGUUAAGUCGUCAGUCGGGCAGUCCUUGCCUCCAUUGGGAUCCCUGCCUCCAUUAGUUCCUCCUGGUAAUGCAAAGCAAGCUAGUGCUGUGUUUCCUAGUGCUUUGGACUCCAAUCAAAGCCUUCCAACACCAAAGCAGCCAGCCAGUGGAGGGGCACAGCCUCCCACUGAUGAAUACAGUUUAAAGGAAGAACCAUUGAGUGAGCUGGAUGAGGAUCUGUCCCUCAGCAGUGAUGAUGAUGAUAAUGAUCCACUCAUGAAUUCUGAUCAGCUCAAAGCUGCUCUAGACAACAUGAAAGUGGUCAGCUCAGACGACGAAGAUUAUAACAAGCUCCCUGAUGAGAAAUACAAGAAGAUGAAGGAAGAAAUGGACAAGGAGUUUGAGCAGUUGCGCAGCAAACCGACCGACCCUGACUUUGUUUAUGACAAGGAGGAAGACUAUGGUAAACCGGUAAUGGAGAGUGGAUGGGAUACCCAGAGCUCAUCAUCAUCAUCAGUUUUUUAAUAAAACAAUAAUUAUACUUUACAAUCUUAUAUUAUUAUAACAUUAUGUUAAUAAUUAUAAUAUAUGUUUUUUUAAGUAGAGAAAGGACAUGAUAUUUCUU